CCGGCCGGCAAAAACCCACACGACCCACGCAUCGGCAUCGCAUUCACGUCCAACCGUUCGCUUGCGCCCUCCGCAACAACGCAACGCAUCGUGACGCCGCCGCUUUUUGCUUUUCCGACUGCUGUUUCCGCCUUUUGAGUAGGCGUUGGGCGAGCUUCGGUUUCGACGGACGCAGCCGUCACCGCCUCACCGGCCCGGCCAUGGGCGCCGCCGCCGCCUGCUCUCUUCGCCUCUGCCACACGUCACCAUCCGCUGCGACGGUAGGGCCGCGAUGACUCCGGCGGUUCGGGUGGGGAAUCCUCGCGCGCCCGGUCCGGGCGCCGCGGUGGUGGAGGACGAGGAGGAGGCGGCGGUCGCGUGGCGGGAGCUGCGCGGCAAGGCCGCGGAGCUCGCGGCUGCGGGCGAGGAACGGGCGAUCCUGGCCCGCCGCAUCGAGGCCGCGCUCCAGGUAAGGAGGGAGGCGCUGCGGCAGGCGGAGGAGCUGGACGAGUUGACGCGGAUGGUGGACCUCCAGCAAGCGCGUUUGGAGGCGGCCGUCGUCGGCAGGAGGCGGGCGCUCGAGGCCGUGGAGCGGGGGAAGGAGCGGCUGCAGGAGCAGAUCGACCGGGUGCUGCCGCUGUCGAGGUCCCUCACCGCCGCGCACCAUCGAGUGCAGGAAGCGAAGGAGGCGUUAUCCGGAGACAAAUUCAGACUCAAGGAUCUGCAGAGGCUGCUUCGGACGAGGCAGCAGUGCAUGGUUAGCCAGGUUGCUGGUUUGUACCCUGUGAGAGUCUUCCAUGAUCUUCCAAGACAUGCAGAAAACCCCUGUGCCGAUACUAAUGGGGAGCAUGUGACACUUCCAGAGGAAAACAGAACAUUUUCAGGUGGAGAUGGAACACAUUUACCCACCAUUAUCAAAUCUCCAGAAGCACGUGGCUGGACAUUUUUUGGUUGGGACAUUAUGAAGCAUAAAAUGAAGCAAAAAAGUUACAGGAACAAGGUGCUACAGAGGUCCGCAGCUGUUCUGGGAUAUGCAGCACAUGCAGUCUUGCUCAUAGCUUGCUAUCUUGAUGUUCCCCUCCGAUAUCCCUUGCGCUUUGGAGGGUCCCGAUCUUAUGUGAGUGAUCGCUUGCCUUCAGCUGAUACAGCAUCAUCGGCUGCUUUAGCAAGUACCAGGAACACCGAAUCAGAACUAACAGAAUACCCUCUUUUCCUGGAAUGCCAAGACGAUGACUCCACUAGUGCCUCCUAUGCCAUUUAUUUAUUGCACAAGGAUACGGAGCAGCUUCUGAACUAUGUUGGAGCUGAGAGCUGUGGAAGGCACGUGUUUGGUAACCUACGAGAACUUCUUAGGAUCGUGCAGUCUGAUAAGUUUGUGUACAGAUGAUGGUUCCAAUCCAUGUGGUUUUGGAGUGCUUAUGCUGUAGAUGUAUUAUAGAGAUGUAAGUAGGUGUUUUUCUUUUCUCUUCCUAUUCUUUCGUGUGAUUCAUUCCCUCUUUCCCUGCGCUAGGUUUUUUAUAUGUGCAGGAAAUAGGCAAUUAUGUUUUUCUAGAGAAAUGAAAUGUACUCACACGUAUGGCUUCUUGCAUAUCUUAUUCGAGAAAAAAGAUGGUCCAAUCGAAAGUCC